AUGAACUUAGAUACACUCAAGAAAAAGCGUAAGGCCGAAGAAGCAUUCGAGGAGUAUAAAUAUGUCUAUGGUAUCAUUACAACAGCCACGGACUGGUACUUCAUCCUACAUAGCACUGAGGCUAUCUACUAUACGAGCAGGACCGAGUAUCGAGUUUCAUUGACAGAAGACGCUCUCGAGGAUCCAACCGAAUUGUGCAAGAGUGUGAAGAGGAUUUUGGAGGUUAUAGUGGGGUUAUUAAAAGAUAGGGUAUCAGCUAGUGAUGAGCCUGCGUCUAAGAAGCGUCGCGUGGAAGAAAAAAUCAAGAUCAAGAUUCAAAAAUAG